CCUGUGGGCUUGGGUAGCGCGGCAACUCCAGUGGGCGGAGCUGCGAGGUGCUCUCCUGGCCACGUGACCGGAGCCAACAUGGCGGCGCCCAUCGGCGUCCACCUGUUCGUCCGUGGAGGUUGUCAGAGAAUUUUGUCUUCUCCACUCAAUCAUCUCUGCUUAUACAAGCGGUCAGGCAGUCAACAAAGAAGAAAUUUCUUUUUCUGGAGACAAAGGGAUCUCUCCCACAGUAUAGUUUGGCCGGCUGCGGUUUCUCCUGCACAUCCUGUUCCCGAGCACAUAAAGAAGCCAGACUAUGUGACGACAGGCGUUGUGCCCGACUGGGGAGACAGCAUAGAAGUUAAGACUGAAGAUCAGAUCCGAGGGCUCCGGGAGGCUUGUCAGCUGGCCCGGCACAUCCUCCUCCUGGCUGGGAAGAGCUUGAAGGUUGACAUGACAACAGAAGAGAUUGAUGCUCUGGUUCAUCGGGAAAUCAUCAGUCACGAUGCCUAUCCCUCACCUCUGGGCUAUGGACGCUUUCCAAAAUCUGUUUGCACCUCUGUAAACAACGUGCUCUGCCAUGGCAUUCCUGACAGCCGACCUCUUCAGGAUGGGGAUAUUAUCAACAUUGAUGUCACGGUCUAUUACAAUGGCUACCAUGGAGAUACCUCUGAGACCUUUCUGGUGGGCAAUGUGGAUGAAUGUGGUAAAAAGUUAGUAGAGGUGGCCAGGAGGUGUAGAGAUGAAGCAAUUGCAGCUUGCAGAACUGGGGCCCCCUUCUCUGUAAUUGGAAACACAAUCAGACAGUCUGUCGCCAUCUGCCAUGUCCUCCCUCGUCUGAAACACUCCGGCCACCCAGGCAGCUUGCACUUCUUGUAUGCUCCCCCAAACCUUGAGGUCACUACCAGAGAGAGAACUUGAAAUCCUGCUCAGAAGCAAAAAGAAUAGGAGGGUGUCUCUGAAGAAAUGUCAGAUAAAAUGAUUUCACAAAGACGGUUUUCUCUGUGCCCUUUGGCUUCAUGAGCGACACCCAGUGAUCUCUAGGCCUUGGUGCUAUUACACCCGCUCUCUGGCCGCGUUUGCUCUGCAGUCAUCUCUGUAUGAUCCAUACGUGUGAGGAGAACACGAAUAUGCAGCCAGCUACAUCACUAAUCUAUGACAGUUCACUGAAAAAUAAUUUAAACUUACAGUUGGAGAUGUCAUGAGGAAACUCUCAAUAAAUGGUUUUUGAAUGUUUAAUUCAUAAGUAUAUGUUUUAAUAUUAAUUUAGAACAAUACGAAGCAGAUUUUUUUUUAAAAAAUAAUCUCUUUCUAUUAGAUUAUGCACAUUUAAACAAUAAGUGGCUCAGGCAAAAUAAGUCAUUUUAAUGUCAUCUGUGAUGGAUUUUCUUUGACAGCUAUAGUAAAUUACAAUUACACUGCAUCUCUCUGCACAGGAGAGUAAGCAUUGCAACAAAUUAUCUUUUAUUUCAAUCCAUCAUGUCUGCUUUUCAGAAAUAGAGAACCUCAAAUAAAAGUUCAGCUCUAUUGUAAGAAAAAUACAGUAAUUUGUGAUCCAGCUUGAAACAAAAAAUAAAGUGUCCCACUCUAUUGGAAAAACA